CAAUCAGCGAUUUCCGCCUGAAUUUCUUUUCGUAGUUCCUCCGGAAGUGAUAACAACCUGUUUCAAGUUUUCUUGUUUCCAGUUGCACAUUUCUCCCCCACAAUCACCCACCGCCCCUCAAACCCCGCGAUCGUUCCGAUGCCAACAAUCAAUCUCCUCCAAAAAUACCUUUUCCAGAACAGAACGCCCCCCACACCCCAUCCCCGAUCGAUAAAAUCCUAACCCCGAAACCGCCCUCCACAUCCCGACACCACUCAAAACAAAAAUCGUAAACAAAUCGGUCGAAAAAAUCUGACAAUCUAAAAAUAGUGUCAAGUUCGUUUGCAACUUUCGUAUAAAUAGCAUCAUCACCUAAUUACAAACUCUUAGUUGAGCGUCGACCGUUCCGCAAUGAGGUCCCUAAAGCUAACGACGCUGAACCAAGUCCUGGAAAUGCCCAUCGUAGGUCUCGGGACCUGGCGGGCGCAACCCGAGGAGGUGGAAAGGGCCGUCUGGGCGGCCCUCCAAGCCGGCUACCGACAUAUCGAUACCGCCUUCAACUACAACACGGAGGAGACCAUCGGCAAGGUGCUGACGCGGUGGUUCCGCGAGGGCAACGGCAAGCGAGAGGAUCUCUUCAUCACGACGAAGCUCCCGAACUGCGGCAACCGCGCCGCUGAUGUCAGUCGCUUCCUGAAGAUGUCUUUGGAGAAGUUGCAGUUGAGUUACGUGGAUUUGUAUCUCAUUCAUAUGCCGUUUAGCUUCCAUUGUAACGAAGGCAACUUUACGCCGCUGACGAACGAAGACGGGACGUUCAGUUUGGAUAACGACAGUGACAUCAUAUCCACGUGGCAGGCGAUGGAGGAGCAGGUGGAACAAGGGUUGGUGAAAGCGAUAGGUUUGUCGAAUUUCAAUCAGAGUCAAAUCGAGAGGAUUUAUAAAUGCGCGAGGAUCAAGCCGGCGGUGCUCCAGGUGGAGUUGCACGCUUAUCUGCAGCAGAAGGAGCUGAGGGCGCUGUGCAAGAGUCUGGGUAUCGCGGUGACGGCGUACGCGCCACUGGGAAGUCCGGGGGCCAAUAAGCAUUUUAGUUCGAAAUAUAACUACUCCAUUGACGACUUUCCCGACAUUCUGGGCCACCCCUGCGUGUGCGCCCUCGCCGAAAAAUACAAGAAAACCCCCGGCCAGAUCCUCCUGCGCCACCUCAUCCAGCAAGACAUCAUCGUCAUCCCCAAGAGUGGCAACCCCGACCGAAUCAAAACCAACAUCGCCCUCUUCGACUUCGAGCUUUCCGCCGAAGACCUCGAAGAACUCAACGCCCUCGACCGCGACGAGAACGGGCGCAUCUUCGACUUCCUCUUUUUCAAAGGCGUCGAGCGCCACCCCGAGUACCCCUUCAAGCAAAGAAUCGACGGUUGGUAAUUAUUGUUAUUAUUAAAAAAAGAAAUAAACGAUGCCUUCACAA